UACACCCGAACGCAGAGGAUCAGACCUCUGCAAAUCUCUGAGACCAUUCCCAUUUCCGCUGUAGCAGACAAGUCGUCGUGGAGGCAAAAACCCUUUUUCACUUACUUCUCCGGCGAUAAAAAAAUCUUGACGAGAGACCAAGAAGAAGAAGAAGAAGAUGGCGACAUCUUUCUCUAAAAUCAUAACCAGAUCGAAACCUCAAAGCCACAUCUACUCCAACUCCCAUUCCCUCCAGAGACACUUCUCCGCCGUCGCCGACUCUUCCUUCUCUACCUCCGCCGCCCUUGGAAGCCAAACGAGUCCUCCCUCUCCGACGCAAGACAAUAACAAAAGAGGAGGGUCGAAGUGGACACAACUGCUCUUGUUCUUGCCUGGAGCGAUUACCUUCGGUCUCGGUUCCUGGCAAAUCGUCAGAAGGGAGGAAAAGAUCAAGACACUGGAGUACCAACAACAACGGUUGAAAAUGGAACCGAUGAAGCUAAACGCAGACCAUCCUCCUGAUAAGAAUCUUGAUGCCUUGGAAUUUAGACGGGUUAGUUGCAAGGGCGUGUUUGACGAGGAUAAGUCUAUAUUUUUGGGUCCACGGUCUAGGUCCAUUUCUGGAGUCACUGAAAAUGGAUACUAUGUCAUCACGCCUCUAUUGCCAAUCCCUGGUGACCUGGAUAGCAUGCAGUCGCCUAUUCUUGUGAAUCGCGGAUGGGUUCCUCGUAGUUGGAGAGACAAGUUACAAGAAUCUACAGAGUCAGUCUCCCUUGCAAAUGACUCAACAAUAGCUAAACCACUCCCCACUGAGCAACAUUCAUGGUGGAAAUUUUGGUCUAAGACGCCAGUGAUUCCCAAGGAGCAAGUAUCCACGGUUGUUAAGCCAGUAGAAGUUGUUGGUGUGAUCAGGGGAGGGGAGAACCCGAGCAUAUUUGUCCCGGCCAAUGAUCCAAGCACGGGGCAGUGGUUCUACGUAGACGUACCUGCAAUGGCUCGUGCCAUGGGUCUUCCUGAAGACACAAUUUACGUAGAGGACGUUCAUGAGGACAUAGAUCGGAGUAGACCGUAUCCUGUCCCGAAAGACAUCAACACUUUGAUCCGGAGUAAAGUCAUGCCACAGGACCAUCUCAACUACUGCAUAACAUGGUACUCUCUUUCGGCGGCUGUCACUUUCAUGGCUUUCAAGAGGCUCAAGCCAAAGUCUGCUCGCAGAUAAGCUUUCGUUGAUCAAAUCAAGCCUCAUUCUUUUUUUUUAUUUCUGUCACACCGAAAGAAAACCAUCAGCAAACGUUUAUGUGAAAUCUUUGUAUUACUAGUUUACUACUAAUAAAAAGUUCAUUUGCUUGAAGUUGAAAAUUGUGGUUUACUAGUGUUUAUUCAAUUAGAGUUUGUCUUUGGAAGACUAGCGAACUCUAAUUGUGUAUGUUAAUUUCUUUAAUCAAUACUAAAAAUUUGAAUAUUCCUCUGUC